CCCGUAAUGAUUUUUUUUUUCGAAGUUCUAUUAUUUGCAACCUUUAGUUGCAGGCGCUGGCGACCACUUUAUAUCAGAGAAAAAAUCUGCACUAGAGGGGCCCAAGGCUCAGAUGGACUGGCAAACAUAACCUGUGAAGAAGAACGCGCUAAGCAACAAUUUAAGUUGCAGAAUAUGUCACAUGUGACCCUUUCUUGUCAAAUCAUUAAAUUGUUUUUCAAUAAGAGAUGGAUCACAUCACAAUGUUUGCUAAACAUGGAGCUGUCAAUUUUCAGAAAACACAUUCAAAUGUAGAACAUCUAGAAUAAUAUAAAGACACUCUUGUAGUUUGGCAGCAAGGUAAAGCACUUGAGUUUUAUGUUCUGAGACAUUGGUGUGCUUAGUUCACUGAUAGGUUAUACAUGGCAAAGGUUUGGUCUGCUAUUUUUACACUGAUGGGAUUAUUCACACUUGCCACUGCCUCUACUGCUCCUGCCAUUUUUAUCUUUGGAGAUUCAUUGGUUGACACAGGAAACAAUAAUUACAUUACUACUCUUUCCAAGGGAGAUAUUUGGUUCAAUGGCAUUGACUUUGGAAAUGGCUUACCCACUGGAAGGUUUUGCAAUGGAAGAACAACUCCAGAUUACAUCUGCCAAAUCAUGGGGGUGCCUUCUCCUGUCCCAUAUUUAGAUCCAGAAGCAAAUGGGAGAAACAUACUAGCAGGAGUCAACUUUGCCUCUGGAGGCUCUGGAAUUUUGCCUUCCACUGGCUACAAAUAUAUUGGCAGAAUUCCCUUUGAGAGGCAGAUUGAGUACUUCUCCAACACAAAGGCAGACUUGAUUUCUGUGGUGGAACAAGCUGAAAAUGCUAGUCAUCUCAUUUCCGAAGCUCUUUUCUACAUUAAUAUUGGAAGCUAUGAUUAUAUUUCCAAUUACUUUCUCUCCCAGUCAAGAGUUUCUCAACUCUACAGCGUGAACCGAUACCAGCAACUACUUCUUGUAAAGUUUGCAGAGCACCUCAAGGAUUUAUAUGAGAUGGGAGCUAGAAAAAUUCUAGUAUCCAAUCUAGUACCCCUAGGUUGUACACCAUUGCUUAUAAGUUCAAGAAACCCAGAUAAUGGAAGCUGUGUACAUUACAUCAACAGUAUCAUCACAGAAUUCAACAAGGGUCUGGAAAACAUGCUUAAAAACGAAUUGCAAAUGCAAUUCUCUGAUGCGCGCUUCAUUCUGAGCGACAAUUAUGCCAUUCUUUCUCAAGUCAUCAACGAUCCAUCUGCAUUUGGAUUCAAGUACGCAAAUGAGAGUUGCUGCGGAAUAGGGCGUCUGAGAGCAGAGUUUCCAUGCACUCCCAUAUCGAGUUUAUGUUUCCACCGUGCAGAUUACGUGUUUUGGGACGCCUUCCACACCAGUGAUGCCCUUAAUUCCAUCCUGGCCAACCUUCAAUACGCAGGGUCCCCUGAAUUUGUAAGGCCUAUCAAUCUCAAGGACCUCAUGGCUCUCUCUUGAUUUUCAAAUGUACUGGAUCCAAAGCACUGUGUUAAACGAAAAUUUUACUUCGCAA